AUGGAAAGCCUGGGGCCUGGGUGCCCGGAUGCUUGGGCUGGGGUGGGGACCCCCUUGGUGUUUCCGUCUUCUCAAUGCCCAUUCUGUGUGGGUUCCUGAUUCUCUGCGGGUUCUUUCCUGCUGAAGACAAUUCUCUUCCUGUCCCAGCCUAGGAUUAGGGGGCUGAACCCUAGGCUCCAGUGGUUUGGGCCUCAGUUUUAGGGGUGGAAUGUGCCUGCCACCCCCAGGCUAGACGAGGAGGCUGAGGGUCAGGGUGGGCAUUUGUUGUGCCCCUUUUUGACCUUUGUAGGCCAGAGCUGGAUGAGGGGCUACACAAUGAGCCUCCUUUUCCUUGAAAGAAGGAAUUUUGGCUGACACAAUAGGGCCCUGUCUGCUCUGGCAUGGAGGGUGGUGGCUGACUCAACUCUGUGCCCCCCAAGCCCUAACAAAUGUCAUCAAGAGAUGGGGGCACUUUUCCCCUUAGUUCCUUGGGCUGCCCCCCUGCCCUUUUGACAACUUACUUUUAUUUCUUUUCUCAGCUGAUCUUGCCUCUUCUCUCAUGACUUGAUCUGCUGUUUCUUGCCAGCCUGCCCUUCUCCCUGCCCCCAAUUCUCCAGCAGUCUGUCUUGGGUUGAAGUAGGGCUAGGGAAAGGUCAGAGGGUAUUGGUGGUGUUAGAGCUAGGAGUCUCUGUUAAUUUAGAAAUCCAGAAUUUGGGGCCCUCAUAGGGUUAGGAAAAUUCUUCUAGGGAGCUCUAUGCUAGAGUGGGGGUGAGAGUUAUAGGACUUGACCCCACUGAGCUGAUCAGGCUAGAACUAAGGAGGAGGCUUGUGGGAGGGGGUAGGAAUGGGAGGCCUCUGUCUGGCCUAGCCCCUCCUCUCCUUCCCUGCCCAGAGGGCCCACCCACCAGUCUGAGCUGCUGCUGCUGAGGCUGAUCUGCCUGAAGUCUCCCUGGAGAGAGAGGAAGCCAGCCCACAGAGUCUGGACUCAAAGAGAAUCAUGGGGUCCAAGGCUGAGCUGUGCACAUUCUUUGGUGGACUUUCAUUCCUCCUGCUAUUGAUAUCAGGCGAGGGAGCCAAGGGUGUAUCCCUCAAAGAGAGUCAGGGGGUCUGCUCCCAGCAGACGCUGGUGGUCCCGCUACGCUACAAUGAGUCCUACAGUCAACCGGUAUACAUGCCCUACUUGACCCUGUGCGCUGGAAGGCGCAUCUGCAGCACUUACAGGACCACCUACCGCGUGGCGUGGCGGGAGGUGAGACGGGAAGUGCAGCAGACCCAUGCCAUAUGCUGCCAGGGCUGGAAGAAGAGACAUCCAGGAGCGCUCACCUGUGAAGCCAUUUGCGCCAAGCCUUGCUUGAACGGAGGCGUCUGUAUUGGGCCGGACAAGUGCGAGUGCGCCCCCGGCUGGGGAGGGAAGUACUGUCACGUGGACGUGGAUGAGUGUAGGACCAGUGUCACCCUCUGUUCGCACCGUUGUUUCAAUACCGCCGGUAGCUUCACUUGUGGUUGCCCGCAGGGCCUGGUGCUGGGCCCCGAUGGACGUGCCUGCGCAGAGGGGUCCCCGGAGCCCCCAACCAGUGCCAGCAUUCUGAGCGUGGCGGUUCGGGAAGCCGAACAGGACGAGCGCGCCCUAAGGCGGGAGAUUCGUGAACUGCGAGGGCGCCUGGAGGGGCUGGAGCAGUGGGCCGCACAGGCUGGAGCUUGGGUACGGGCAGUGCUGCCCAUGCCACCCGAAGAGCUACAGCCAGAACAAGUGGCUGAGCUAUGGGGCCGGGGUGAUAGGAUCGAAUCUCUCAGCGACCAAGUGCUGCUGCUGGAGGAGAGGCUGGGCACCUGUGAGUCUUCUUGCCCCUCCCCACUCAGACCCCUAUCCCAACUGCCCGAACUCCUCCAGAGACCUUCCAGGUUCCGAAUUCCCUCAUUCCAGAAACCUCUCCUCAAAGUUCACUCUUUACUACCUUCCAGGAUAUCUCCAUUUUUCUCCUAAUCUGGGACCCUGCCUCAGUCUGGGUGAGAGAAGCAGUGUGGGCCCCUCAGACUGGGGCAGUCCCCAGAGACUUCAGCCAUGGUGUCACACUAUCCCCUUGUCAUUAACCAGGCUCCUGUGAGGACAACAGCCUGGGCCCAGGACUGAAUCGAUAAGGAACUUCUAGAGCACCCAAUCCCCUAAUUUAUAGAAACUGGACCCCACUAAUCCUCUGGGAUUGGCCAACUGGGAGCUGCAAAUAAGACUGCCACAGAGGAGCUAUGAGCCUGGAAACUUUGAAGAGCUGAAGAAUGGGCAAAGGCAGGCUGUUAGCCUGCCCAUUUCUUCCGGCUGGG